AUGGUUCUUGAUGCUGAAUCCUCCUCUUCCACAACGCUUCUUCAUUCAUGUGGGUUUUCUCGUAGUUUCGCUUUUAUGAGGUUAUUACAAAGGGCUCAUCAUUUCUCUGCCGUCUCUGAGGACGACAAUAACAAAGACAUUCGCUUAGGAUCUGAAUAUAACCAAGUUUUUAGGAGAGAUUGUAGUUUCAUGGCCGAUCAAGAAGAGCCGAGGAGUACUACUUCUAGGUUAAUCUCCAAGGAAGACGACAACAAUAAUAAUAAUAAUACCAUCAAGAAUGAAGCUGAAGAUCACGAGAUGAUGAGACAAGAAGGGUGGCUCCGGUUAAGCACAGGCCAGGAGGAUGAUGUUAAACCGAAUCUUGACCAUGUCCAACAACAUCAAACCGUUCCAAGGGUUAGGAGAGAGUCUUUUCUUGAGCUUAACCUUUCCUCUGGCGGUUCAAAUAGAGAAGAAGGAGUUGGUCUUCCAUUAAUGUCAUCUCUCUUUCAUCAUCAGAAUCAGCCAAGAGGGAUGAUGAUUAAUCCAUUGAUGUUCCCUACCAGGCCUGAUCAGGAGAUGAUUGGUUCUUGGGCGGGUGCUUUUAGAACGCCUUUUGUACAACAAAACCUAGUGCAACCAUCAUCAUCAUCAUCAUCUGCUUCUUUGAUGAUGCCAUUGAUAGGACCCUACUUUGGCCGCUCCAAUUUUCAGCAGCAGUUAAUAGGGAGUAAUAAUAAUAAUAAUAAUAAUAAUCCGGAUGUGGUGGCUGGUCCAAGCUCCAGUUUUCGAGUCAUUGAUCCUCCUAGACGACCCCAUUCCGGCGUUUGGUUCAUUCUUCAAGCUUCUCAAAAUCAGACAAGAGAACCAUUCUUGCCUCAGAUACCCAAGAGCUACUUGAGAAUCAAGGACGGGAAGAUGACUGUUCAACUAUUGAAAAAAUAUUUGGUCAAUAAGUUGCGAUUAGAGCACGAAUCCCAGAAAUCGUGGAGAGGGUACAUUCAUGGGGGUUGGUGUACUGAGGAACAUGACAACAACAUUGGAACUAGAUUGCCACAAAAGUGUCUCCAUUUUAGGGGUAAUUGA